AUGAGCCCUUCCAAGUUUCGAGGCAUUGUCAAUGACGAAAAGAAGCUUUUGACAGAAUUGUGCGAGAAAUGGGAAAAAGUGCUCACCAUUGAGUCCGAGUCUACGGCCGAUGAAGCUGCCACCAAUAAAGAAGGAAAAGAAGUUCCAACAGGCGAAGACGGUCCUCCCAGUUCCAGAACGAGAUCCAAGACGCAAGCGACUGGUACUAACAAUAAUAAUGCUACCGAUGUUGAAGGAAAUAUGGACGCAUCAAAACCCGCCACCGAACAACAGUCAUUACCAGACCAAAAGACUAAGCCAGCCGUCGUCAUACCUGUGGAAGAUGAAGAACUGAUUGGGCUUGUCCGUGCCACGACAGGACAAGGUCGUAUGCUCUUAAGACAGCGAUUUGUUCAAUUCGAAAGCCUUAUUGAUGAUGCGGAGAACAAAACUAGUGAGAAACCUAUUCGCGACGACGAUUUGCAAGGAUUCUGGGAUAUGAUUGGCUUUCAGGUAGACGACAUGAAGGAAAAGUUUCAAGUGUUGGAACAAGCGGAAGCUAACGAUUGGAAACUAGUACCGCCCGAAACGAAAAAGGAGCCACCGAAAGUAGCGUCCAAACCAAAGGCUGUGAAACCCUCGUCGAGUACCGGGAGCAAUACUAGUAGAAUCAAGAAAGCUGCCCCAACCAGUGGGAUGAAAGAUUUCAUCGCCCAGAAGAGGCGAGAAGCUGCUGCUGCGAGAAAGAAGCAACUGCAAGAAGAAGCAGAAGCGGGGAACUAG